CCUCCCCAGCUAUUCCAGUUCGGGGGGGCCGUGCCAUCAUCGCACCAGUCCGGCUUUCUCGCCUCGCCUCGCCUCGCUCUCCCCGUCACCCUCCUCCUCCCCGCACCCUCCACUCCGUCAAGCAGCAGGAAGUGCGGCGGCCACCUCCAGAAGCAUGUGAUGACCCACACCAAGCAGAAAGGUUCCCGCUGGGACCACCGCCCUCUGCAGCCACACGGCAGCACCAUGGGCGGGGACCAGGCCGAGCGCGCCCUCCGCUUCGGCCGGACUAAGAAGAUCGGCGAGGUCAUCCGACGAGAGAAAAAUGACAAGGUGAUGAAGGACAAGAGGGCCAAAGCGGAGGACAAGAAGUGGGACAGGAAAUUGUAUCCUCUGCGAGGGAGGCUCGGAGAGGGCAUGAGGUGUCGUGUCCUCCUCACAAGGUUGGAGGAAAGCAUCAGUAAGAAAGCUGAAGAGCGAUCUCUCAAGUCCAAGAAAAGGAGGCUUGGCGAGGCCAAGUUGGCAUCUAAGGUCAAAUCAAGCGCUCACGUCUCACAACCUCGCAAGCGGCGCCUGGCCUCCCUAAAUGCUGAGGCUGUCAACACACUUCUCCUGGAAAGAGCCACUGACCUCCAACCGGCAGCCAAGGUGGCCAAAAAACACCAGGAGGAGCGCAUCAACAAAGGAGGUUCCCCAGAUGAAGGGGCACCUCCAAAAGCCUCUCGAGGAACUGUCUCUAGACUGUCAUCGUCUCACAAAUUUGACCAAAUCCCCAAGAAGGUCAAGACAGCCAGGACCACCAAAGUAGACGGGAAUCGGGCCUUGAGUUUGGAAAUUCUGGAUGUGCCGACACCGCGGCGACUGGCUGGACUCAAUGCGGCCGCUCUACUGAAGUUGACCAGCUCAUCUGCUGCGUCUAAACAGCGAGUCAGAACCGCAUCCACCACAACUACCAUGUCAAACUGCAAGACUCCUGCCCAGAUCCAGACCCUAAAACAGCCACCCAAAGUGAAACACAAAGAGCGCUCUCAGAAGCUUAAAGAGGCUCCCGUCAAAGCUUCCCCCAUGCACUGUUGCUGCGCAGCCUGCAAGGAGAAAGCCGGGUUUGAGCCCAAAGUGGAGUGGGAGUCUAGCACCCACGCUCUGCCCAAGCCGGGCUACCAGUCCCGCAGUAUGUUGGGCUACUCCCUCAAGAACGUGAAGGAAGAACAGCUGGAAACUGAGCUAAGCCCCUGCUACUGCUGCCCCCCUGAGGGUUCGAUGGAGUACUGCCACCGGUUGGCCUUCUUCUUGGGCCACCCUGAGUCGGGCGACCGAGGCGCCAUGGGCUCGGGCGGCACGCUCGUCAAACGCGAGUGCCUGGUGACCACGCCGUCCCUGACGCACUCCCACCCGGCACUCGCUCUCAGCCCCCACCCCUGCGUAUGUUACUACGUCCACAUCGCCCCCCACACUGCAACGUCGGGCACGCUCACCCCACGGCCUCUGAACUUUGCGCCACCUGCCUUGUGCUCCAACCGGACGAUGGGUUCCAAGCCGCUGCCGGGUCCCCGCGUCACCCACACCCCUGGCUUGCCUCACCCGGCCUGCUGCAACUCUGUGACGUCACCAUGUUACGGCGACGCCUACGGGAUGAGCGGCUACGCAUGCAGAGCCAUGUCCCCCGUCACCAGCAGGGGGUGCUCUUUUGAUGCGGGGUGCACCGGAUGCUCACAUGGCAUCAAAACAGAAACUUACUCCUCUCCUCAAGGGGACCACAACCACUCCAUUCUGGUGCCGCCAUCUUUGCCUCUCUCCAACUGCCCUUUAUCCAGCGUGCCCACUUCCACCCAGACUGCUAACCCCCACCUGCCACCCCGGGCCCGGCUAAAAGCGUCCGCCAACCGCCCGUCCGGUGCCUCCGACAGAGAUCAAAAUGCCGAGCCGGGAUCCCCACAACAAAAGCGAAUCGGUCGCAGACGAGCCACCAACGGAUGGUGGCCUGUGGGGGACCCCACAGAGAAAGAGGUCUUCAUCGCGGGGGAGGACGAGAUGGCGCUCAGGCAGUGCUACGAGGGCGUGGAGAGGGACGGUGAGGUGAUCCGCAUCCGAGACACGGUGCUGCUGCGCUCGGGCCCCAGGAAGAAAUCCCUCCCUUACGUGGCCAAGAUAUCCGCCCUGUGGGAGGAUCCCAAAAGCGGGGAGCUGAUGAUGAGUCUUUUCUGGUACUACCGACCGGAGCACACGCAGGGGGGGCGAGACCCCAGCACACACUGUGAGAACGAGAUCUUUGCCUCUCGACAUCAGGACGAGAACAGCGUAGCUUGCAUUGAAGACAGAUGCUACGUCCUCCCGCUAGCCCAGUACUGUAGAUAUUGUGCCUUGAUGAAGCGUCGUUCCGAAGGCGCCCUACCCGGCGACGGCGGCAGUAGCGUGGUGCCCUGCUGCCUGGAUUUUACCCCGCCCUCCCACCGCUGUGUGCCCACAGACGUGGACCCCGAGCUGGUCUACCUCUGCCGACACGUCUACGACUUCCGCUACGGACGCAUACUCAAGAAUCUGCAGUAGGGAGGGAAUUGGUGGCGACAACAUUCACUUAAGCGGCACAUGUCUAGUUAUUAAGUCAACGUUUACGCUACAGCGCCAAUGCUAAUGUUGUUACGCGUGUGAGCCCUUUAGCCAGCUGAAGAGGUUACGGUCAAAUCCUCGUACGUCUCUUUCAGCUCGCUUGUAUUUUCUGCUUCCAUCAAAUCUGAUUUUUCUGCUUCCUCCCCCUUCCACCAUUGCGCCUUUGCCUACCAGGCAUGCUGAACACCAGGCUGAUCUGGGCAACUUUCUCUCAGCUGCCCCCCCUUGCCCCCCCCCCCCAUCCCCCAAAAGCACCUUAGCAGCAUGUUUGUUCCGUUUGUAAGCCAGUGGCGAAAGUGCCAACACCGAGCCUCCGCUGAAGGAGGAGAUAAUCGACAGUUGGGUGUGUGUGUGCGUGCGGGAGUCGACAAGUGUUGUCACUGUGGAUAAAUGUGGGAAUGUGUGAUAUGUGCGCCUGAUUUUUUUUCCAGCGAGGCUUUCAGGCAAUCAAACCAAACAAAAGCAGCUUUUUAUAGAAAGCAAAUCUUUCGGUACCACUCACUUGUUUUUUUUCUGACUCAACACAAUCUACAACAUGUAUGACCAAAGUCCAUUCAAAAUGUCUCUCUUGCUUCAAUGAACAUCUCCUGUAGGUCUUUUUUUUUUCUCCCUUUUGACUGCGCAUACUCCACAUUAGAAAAAUCUCACGGCACUCUACCAAACAGAACGGUCACAAAAAUACUGAAAUAACGAUGAUGUCAUCUCAUUAUAUUUAGAGAUUGACUUUUGUCCGAAUGGCCCACUUGUCUUGGAGCUUUAGUACCUGCUUUGAAAGCCUUGUUAAAAUUGCACUAAAACAUUCCUUAAUAUGUUAUUGGGGUGGGGCACGAAGAGGGACGUCGUAACCGUAAACAUGUCUGCUUUUGUUAAUGUAAACAAAAAUAUUGUGAAGGGGUUGAGUAGUACUAGUUAUGCGUAAUAUAGAAAACCAGCGUUGGACGGUGCAUGAAUCCAAAUAUUUGGCCCCAAUCAGAGCCUGAUCGUGUCGUAUUGAUCCCGAUGAAGCCUAUUUAAAUUUACUUUCCUAUGAUAGCACAUGCAAUAUAUUUUUAGAUGACUUUUUUUUUUUAAUUUCCCUCUCUGGGGUGUUAAAGCAACUUAAUUGUAUUUCAUUUCAUUUUCAACAUGUUAAAUUCCCCUUCUGAAAAAAAAGCUAAGUGUACAUAUUUAAUCCAAGCACUGUUUGAAUAGACACAUAGUGUAGUAUUUUUGCAAGAUCUGUAUUAAUUAUAUUUAAGGUAAGGAUAUUUAAAUGGAGUUAAGUGUAGAGGUCAAUUUAACUUAUUCGGGGGCAUGCUAUGUGGAAUUGAUGAUCUGCUUUGAUGAAUGGAAAUUGAUUGAUUGAAACUGAUUAGUUUAUACAGUAAAGAUACCCCUCAGCCAUUUUUUUUGUCACGUCACACAGCAAUUGGUGUGAGUCAGAACAAAAGCAGACUACAGUCCGCGCCAAUGCUUCUCAUGGACAUAUAUUUUGAUAUAUUUGGAAAAUGUCUUGGGAUGAACUUAACGAUGUUUAGAUAUUUUUGCAGUAGAGACGUGUCUAUCAGAUAUUAUUGUCGCUUUUUGUCGCACCCUGGAAAAUCUCUCGAAUUGAUGUAACAUCCCUACUGAUUUUAAUAUUGCAUUGAAAUAAUAUUUAUACAUUUUAAUGAAGUUCUUUGUGAAAUUUC